CUGCGCCUGCGCAGAACGUGGGCGCGGGGCGGGUGCUGCGGAGCGGCGUUGGCGGGCCGGCGUGGGAGCGAGGCUGGGGGGACCUAACCCGCCGAAGCCGCGCGGACAUCGGAACGGCUAGGGGCGCUGACGCCAGGACCGGGUCAGUGAGGAGCUUUCGGCCGCAUCCCAAUCUGCUGCUCCCAUUCCGGCCUGGGAGUCGCCUCCCGGGGGUCGAACCCCAUGUAGGUCCCGACGCCCACCUUCCUGUGGACCCGGCAGGUUUCUAUCAGAUGUUCCACUGUAACAAUGCUGGAGUUAAGAAGUUUCCAUUCCUUUGCUUCAAACCAGAAGAUUUUAUUCCCUGCAUACAGAACUAGAGUGAUGUUAUUUAAAAACAACUGACAACUGGCUGAUGUUUAAAACUGAAGAUUGUCAUGACUGUUUAACUUAAACUCUAUGCUGAAACAAGAUUGAUUAUAUGGAAAGUAACUAAUUUGGGGUAACCCAAAGCUAUUUCUGGAACAAUGAAAAUUUUGUUGGUGUUUGACUUCGAUAAUACAAUCAUAGAUGACAAUAGUGACACGUGGAUUGUACAGUGUGCUCCAGACCAAAAGCUUCCCAUUGAACUACAAGAUUCUUAUCAAAACGGAUUUUGGACAGAAUUUAUGGGCAGAGUCUUUAAGUAUUUGGGAAAUGAAGGCAUAGGAGAAGAUGAAAUGAAAAGCACAAUGAUAUCAAUGCCUUUCACUCCAGGGGUGGUGGAACUUUUCAACUUCAUAAGAGAGAAUAAGAAUACAUUUGACUGCAUCAUUAUUUCAGAUUCAAAUUCAGUCUUUAUAGAUUGGAUUUUAGAAGCUGCUAAUUUCCAUGAUGUGUUUGAUAAUGUGUUUACAAAUCCAGCAGCUUUUGAUAGCAAUGGUCAUCUCACUGUGGAAAAUUAUCAUGCCCAUUCUUGUGAUAGGUGCCCAAAGAAUCUUUGCAAAAAUGUAGUUUUGGUAGAAUUUGUAGAUAAACAGUUAAAGCAAGGAGUUAAUUAUACACGAAUUGUUUAUGUAGGUGAUGGUGGAAAUGAUCUCUGUCCAGUAACCUUUUUAAAGAAGAAUGAUGUUGCCAUGCCACGGAAAGGAUAUACUUUACAUAAAACUCUUUCCAAAAUGACUCAAAAUCUUCAGCCCAUAGAAUCUUCUGUUGUAGUUUGGUCUUCAGGUGUCGAAAUAAUUUCUCAUUUACAGUCUCUAAUAAAGGAGUAAUGCCAGCAACUGAAAUGUGUGUUAGUUAAGGUUAGAUUCAGCAACAAAAACUCAUUUGCUAGAUGGUAGAGGCUUAAAAAGGUGGGGGGAGGGUUCCUCUCACUUCAAAAGAAUUCCAGAAGUAUCCCAACACUGCUAGGCACUUAGCUUCCAACUCAUGAACUGAACUUCCUGUUAAAGCUUCAACCCUCACAGCAACAUUCUGGCCAUCAUGGAAGGCAGUGAGUACCAUUAGCUAAAAUAGUUAAUGCCCCAUCUACUUCAAGGGAAGAUGGAAAAUAAUAGCU